CGCUGCCUCCUGUCGUCUGACGCGUCUACAGAGGGUACCUUCAUACCCUCGUAUGAAGGUGGUUCCAUAAUGAGCCCUCCAUUAUACUUUUUGCUGUAGGCUAUGUGGCGUAACUGUCUUUUUCCGACACAAUGAUAAUGGUUUUUUUUUAAAUACAUGGCUACAUUUAAACUCUUACCUCCAUUUCAGUAACGUUGUGUUAAAGUAAUUAAAUGUCAAACAUUAUUAGUUGAAAUAUGAUACAUUCUCCUAAAACGUAAAACUUAAAGAAUACUUGAAAGAAGCUGCACAGUUACAACUGUAAAAUAAAUUGUUAUACAUGAAUCCAUCGGUAACCACAAUCCAAUUAUGGAAUUAAAUUAAUAAUAACAGCAACAGGUCAUCUGGGUAUUAGUAAUUUUACUUCACAUAAUGCUACGUUACAAUACAAAGCGAUUUAACUUCAAUUAGGCCACAGUAAGCUGAUAAUACUCAGGUACGGGAUUUUCUUUUUCUUUUUUUUACAGUGAAGAGUUGCUUAUUUUCCUUAAAUAAAAUGUUUCUUUCUCCAGUCGAUUGAUAAAAAAAACAGUAUAAUAUACAGUAUAUAAAAGGGGAAAUACACAUGAAACUAAUAAAGGAAGGGAAUACACAUGUUGACACUACUCGGACAUUUUAGCGUCACGAACCCGGAAAUGGGUGCGUCGUUAUUUUCAUUCCCCCCCUUUCCCUCUCAACAUGAAAGAGACGAACAUGGCGGGCCCUCUGAGCAUCGGGGCGCUGCUUCAGUCGGACUUCGUGGAGGACGCUCUCUACCGGGACGAAGGCGUGUGUGUUGUCGGUGUUUUCGGUAAGAGCACGAUGCAGGCCGGGCCGCUGAAGGAGUCUCUCGUCAACACGCUGGCAGACAAACACAUGUUCUCGCUGUUCGGCGGACCGGAGGGCGGCGGCACCGCGGACAGCCACGUCCAGGCGUUCUACAACCAGGAGAACCGGGUGCUCUACCUGCUGCUCUCCUCCGUCUGCGACAGCCGGCAGCUGCUGCGGGCCUGCGAGACUCUCAGCGCCGGCACCGGCCACUCGGACUCCCACGACUUCUGGAAAGGCCUCGACCGGCAGCACUGCCUCCACCUGCUCUACAUGUUCUCCGUGUGCCACGUCCUGCUGCUCGUGCACCCGAACCAGACCUUCGACGUGACCUACGACCGGUUCUUCAGAGCCCUGGACGCCCUGCGACAGAAGGUGCUGCCUCUGCUGCGGGCUGUCAUCAAAGAUUGCCCAGUGUCCAAGGAGUGGAAGGUGAACUGUCGGCCCUGCCCCCCGCGCCUGCUCUUCGUCUUCCAGAUGAACGGCACUCUGAAGGUUUCUGCAAACGGCUCAGAGUCUGCGGGAAAUCCAGACAAACCCAAAAAGCACUCUCCCAGGAGGAGGCUGCAGCAUGCGCUGGAGGACCAAAUAUAUCGCAUCUUCCGUAAAAGCAGAGUGCUGACCAACCAGAGCAGCAACUGCUUGUUCACCGUUCCCGCCAACCAAGCGUUCGUGUACGUUAUCCCGUCGGCGGACGAGGACCCCGUGGGUGCCCUGCUCGGUCAGCUGCGGACCAACUGCACCAUGUGUGAGCAAGACUCCACCACGUUGGUGUCCGGACCGAGGCGUUACCAGCAGAUGCGGCGUUCGGCGCGGCAGGCCAGCUUCAGCGCAGACACGGGCAUCAUGUCGAUGGGUGGUCAGCUGGUGGACUGCAGCCUGAAGGAAUUCCUGUGGCAGCAUGUAGAGAUGGUGCUGACCAAGAAAGGCUUCGACGACAGCGUCGGUCGCAACCCGCAGCCUUCGCACUUUGAGCUGCCGAACUACUCCAAAUGGGUCCAGGUGGCCUCCAGACUCCACCAAGUCCUCAUUAGCAACACGGAGGAAGACAUAGCUGAACUCGCAACGAAAGCCCAAAGCCAGCUGAAGGUUUUAGAGGGUUUCCUUGAGGCCGACACAAAGUUUUCUGAGAACAGGUGUCAGAAAGCUCUGCCACUGGCUCACAGCGCUUACCAGUCCAACCUCCCCCAUAACUACACCACCACGGUGCACAAAAACCAACUGGCGCAGGCUCUGCGGGUGUACAGCCAGCACGCCCGCGGCGUGGCCUUCCAGCGAUACGCACUGCAGCUCCACGAGGACUGCUACAAGUUCUGGAGCAAUGGCCACCAGCUUUGUGAGGAGCGAAGCUUGACUGACCAGCACUGCGUUCACAAGUUCCACCUCCUUCCUCAGCCAGGAGAGAAGCCAGAUAUUGAUCGCAACCCACCCAUCCUGAACCACAACAGUAGGGGGCGCUCCACCAGCUCCUGCAACUGUGGCAGGAAACAGGCUCCGCGUGAGGAUCCGUUUGACAUCCAGGCUGCCAAUCAUGACUUCUACCAGAUGCUGGAGGAGAAAUGCUGCGGAAAGCUGGAGAGGAUUGAGUUUCCAGUUUUCCAGCCCAGCACUCCUGACCCAGCCCCCGCCUGCAACCAGGCCCAGCAACCCCCAUCUGAGACCUCGGGAUCCGGCGAGGCAGAGAAGCUGAAGGAGCCGAGCACUGCACAGAGCCACACGCCCGGAGACACCAGCCUCAGUCUGGCUCUCAGUCUGGGCCAGUCCACAGAUAGUCUGGGCACCUAUGGCGACGGGGACGGAACCGAAGCCCAAGUUCAGCAGAAGAGGCCGAGCCUCGUAGAUCGCCAGCCCUCCACUGUGGAGUACCUCCCUGGUAUGAUGCACUCCGGCUGCUCCAAGGGCCUGCUGCCCAAGUUCUCCAACUGGUCUCUGGUCAAACUGGGCCCAGCAAAGUCAUACAACUGCCACACGGGUCUGGAGCAACCAGGCUUCCUACCCGGUUCCUCCUUCCUGUUGCCGUGGGAUUUGGUCAUCCGCUCUCGGUCAGAGGAGGAUACAGGACUGACGGAGUCUUUGGAUGGAAGCAGCUCUUCGUGGCCGGCCCCCAACAAGACCCUGGUGGGAAAGCGAGGGAGCACCGGAGGACUGGGUAGGAGUCGCAGACGGGACGAUAUGGCUCGAGCGUUUGUGGGGUUCGAGUAUGAGGACAGCAGGGGGCGACGCUUCAUUAGCUCGGGGCCUGAUAAAAUAGUGAAGGUGCUGGGGCCAGGGGGCGCCAAAGAUCCCGCCAGCAGGGUGCUGAACACGGACAUGCCGCUGUACAUCCCGUCUCCUUCCCAGGGCCGCGGCCUGAAGCCUCACUACGCCCAGCUGACUCGCCUCUUUAUCGUGGUGCCUGAUGCUCCGCUGGAGGUCACACUCAACCCACAGGUGCAGCCAGGUCCUCCUCCCUGCCCAGUUUUCCACCCGGAGCAGACAGAUCUAGUGUUGCCCCCUGACGGUCUUUGGGUGCUGCGGUUCCCUUACUCCUACGCGACGGACCACGGCACCUGUUACCCGCCCAAAGAAAACCAACCCCUCAACAACUACAAGGUGCAGCGAGGCAUCCUGAGGGCCACCACUGCGAACCCUCCGCCACAGUGAACUGAAGGUCUUCACCUCCCUGGAUCCAGUCAUAUUCCUCUAUUCCCUUGUCAAUGGGUAAAAAUCUCCCCACGGGUCUUAUAAACUUAAAUCUGUUCUCUCAUUAAAGGAGCUGUUGACCUUCGUGACCCACACAGAUUUGAGUCAUAUUGAUUUUGACGACAUCAUGACCUUUUCUUUUAAGAACAUAAUUCAAAACCAUUCUACUGAACCUCUGGGACAUUUUGACCACGUCAUAUUUUUGAACGUUUGUUGCUGUCACAUCUUACAGGGUCAGGCUGAGGUGGAAGCUUCAAUAAUUAGGCCCAACAAAAGUGUGUCCUGCUUCGUGUGCAGUAUGCGUUGUUCAAUGCUUACAUAACAAAAUAUACAUGUACAUGUACAUACAUGUUUACAUACAUACACAUGAUGUACAUAUCCAGAACACUGACUAUUGGAGUGGAACGUGUUGAUUUAUUUUGUAAAUAAAAAUUAACCUGAGGUCA